AUAUCACAGAAGCUCUUCUCUCCAGACAAAACAAAACCCUAAGACGGCUUUGGUGUCUUAACAUAAUCUCUAUCUGUCUCGUUCCUUCACCCUCCGCCGCCAAUCUCUCGCCGCUUCCAUCCUCCUUAUCGGAACCUCUCUGACAUUAUGCUCAGAAGCCUCCACUGCCACAGCUCUAUCAUCGGACACGCUCACACUAUUGCCAUCAUCCUCACCAACUGAUUGCAAAAGCUCGGUGAUUCGUUCUGAUAAUUUUGUCGUUUGUGUGUUUACAAAGAUAAAAGAUGGCUGCUUUGAAAGGUUAUGGAUUAUGUUGUAUGGACUCUGCUCUACACUUCCCCUGUCCAAAGCCAUUCCAACAAGGCUACAAGAGGAGCUCGAAAUGGGUCUCUCCCAUAGCAGCUGUUGUACCAAACUUCCAUCUCCCUAUGCGCAGCUUAGAGGUUAAAAACAGGACAAACACUGACGACAUAAAAGCUUUAAGGCUGAUCACAGCCAUCAAAACACCCUACCUGCCCGACGGAAGAUUCGACCUCGAAGCUUACGACGACUUAGUCAACAUCCAGAUCCAAAACGGCGCCGAAGGCGUCAUCGUCGGCGGCACGACGGGGGAAGGACAGCUGAUGAGCUGGGACGAGCACAUCAUGCUCAUAGGCCACACCGUCAACUGUUUCGGAGGAAGCAUCAAAGUCAUCGGAAACACCGGAAGCAACUCCACCAGAGAAGCAAUCCACGCCACCGAGCAAGGCUUCGCCGUCGGGAUGCACGCCGCCCUCCACAUCAACCCUUACUACGGGAAAACAUCCGUGGACGGUAUGAUGGCGCAUUUUCGCUCCGUCCUCCAUAUGGGGCCCACGAUCAUUUACAAUGUCCCCGGGAGGACGGGGCAGGAUAUCCCGCCCCGCGUUAUCUUAGAGCUCGCCAGAGCGAGCUCUAACUUGGCUGGGGUGAAAGAGUGCGUUGGGAACAAGCGUGUUGAAGAGUACACUGAGGAAGGGAUCGUUGUGUGGAGCGGGAACGAUGACGAGUGCCAUGACUCGAGGUGGGACUACGGGGCGACGGGUGUUAUAUCGGUUACGAGUAACUUGGUUCCUGGUCUGAUGAGGAAGCUGAUGUUUGAAGGGAAGGACUCGGCGUUGAACGAGAAGCUUUUGCCUCUGAUGGGUUGGCUGUUCCAGGAGCCCAACCCUAUUGGGCUCAACACUGCUUUGGCCCAGCUCGGUGUGGCGAGGCCCGUGUUUAGGUUGCCUUAUGUGCCUCUGCCUUUGGCUAAGAGGGUUGAGUUUGUGAAGAUGGUGGAGGAGAUUGGUAGAGAGCAUUUUGUUGGCGAGAGGGAUGUCCAGGCUCUUGAUGAUGAUGAUUUUAUCCUUAUUGGUCGAUAUUAGCAGCAUUAAUAUACUUUCUUUUGAAUCUUUUUUCUGGUUACUUUUGGUUUGGUAUUUUUGAUGAAGAAGAAGAGAUGGUUUUUAUA